AUGCAGCUUUCAUUCCUCCUCGUUCCCCUUCUGUCCAUCACGGCCUUGGCCAAGGAUCACAAUGGCGUUGGCGACAAGAACUCGACAGAGGCCCAGUGCAAGCGCUUUCUGAAGGGUGAGAAGUUGGUCAAGAUCGCCGGCAACGAUACUCUCCUCACCGAGAUCACCCACAACAACGCAACAAAGAUCGACUUCAUCAAGAAGAAGGCCGCCGAGGUCCAGCCCAAGCUCGACGAGGCCAAGAAGAACUCCACCUUGAUGACGACUUGCGACCAGGUUCGCGCUGUUCAGCAGGAGAACGGACAGUGCCGCUUCAUGAAGCGCAUGGACAAGUUGGAAAAGCUGGUUGCCAACGAGACUGCCCUGAACGCUGUCACCAAGAACAACGCCACCAAGGCCGACAAGCUCAAGGCUUUCGCCCAGAAGGGCCAGGCCAAGCUCACCGACCUGCAGAAGAACACCACUCUUCUCUCGUACUGCUCCAUGCAAACCACCAAGGGAGAGUGCAAGCAGAUGAACAAGUUGAACAAGCUUGUUGCUCUUUCCAAGAACGACACCGCCCUGAACGACAAGUUCAAGGGCAACACCACCGAGAUCGAGAAGUUCAAGGCCAAGGCUGCCAAGAAGGAGGCCAAGCUCAACGCCAUGAUGAACAACUCAACGCUCAUGGGUGUCUGCCAGCAGCUCAAGGCCGGCAAGGGUGGCAAGGGCGGAUCCAACAACAGCCAGAACGGUAUCGACAGCGGCGCAGCCGGUGUCAGAGCCGUUGGUGCCCUCAGCUUCGCUGCUGUCGUCAGUGUUGUCGUCGGCCUGAUGAUGUAA